AUGGCUACCCCCAGUGUCCUUACCUUUGAUGCUGAGGGUCGUGCUGUUGACUUUGAGGUCUGGGUCAAAGACCUUCAGCUGUUCCUACAGUGCAAUAGGGCAGACGGACUCUCUCUGUUCGAUCUAACCUCUGGUGUCUCUCCUGCCCCGCCUGCUACUUCUGACAUCACCCGGCUCCUUUACUCCCUUCGCUUAGUCAGGGACCACUUCCUCUCAGUUUGCCCCACCACACUCACCGUUGACCUCCUCGAGGAGCGCCUCCUAGCAGUAGAGAAGAGCAUAGUCGCUGUAGGAGCCUCUCGUGAUGACCCUCGCACCCCCGUCUUUGAGGGGCGUUCCCCCUCCCCCUUUUGCCCUCUGUUGCUUCUGCUGCUGCGGCCGACCUCGUUGGUUUCGAGUCGGUCGGCGCUGCGUCUGCCCCUAGCGGGAGACGCCGCACCGGCAAGGGCAAGGGGGGCAAGGGCGCUGGAGGGGCUGGCGGGGGCGGUGGAGGUGGUGGUGGAGAUAGUGGGGGGGGGUGGGGGUGGUGGUGGGAGUGGUGGCGGGGGUGGAGGUGUCGGUGGCAGCAGUGGAGGCGGUAGAGGAGGCGGCGGUGGCGGAGGGAGCGGAGGCGGCGGAGGUGGCGGAGGCGGUGGAGGUGGCGGAGGUGGCGGAGGCGGCGGAGGUGGCGGAGGCGGCGCCGGCAGCGGUGGAGCUGGUCGCGGCUCUGCACAGAGGAGUGACUCCGGUGGUGGCCCGCGCCAGCAGCAGCAGCGCAGUCGUGAGACCCUGUACCCUCAGCAGCUUCCUGAGUGGUACGCUGCGCAUCAGCGCGGUGGGUGUACUCGUCCCUGCACCUACGUUCUCCGUACUGGCGACCGCGCUGGUGAGCAGUGCGGGGGCCCGCACUCCACCCAGCGCUGCUUCGGCCGCCUGACGGACAAAUGGCGUCACCAGUUCCUUGAGGCCUCUGAGAUCCCUCGCUGGGGAGAGCUGUCUAGGGCGGGGGUUGCUAUCUUUGAUCUUGACUAUGAUGCUAUUCUUGCUGCCAUGUCUACUGCUGCCGCGGGCGCCUCCGCCACCUCCGCCGCCUCCGCCGCCUCCACCACCUCCGCCGCCUCCGCUCCCUCCGCCACCGCCGCCGCCUCCUCCGCCUCCACUGCUGCCAUUGACACCUCCACCCCCGCCACCACUCCCACCACCACCCCCACCCCCUCCACUGCCUCCACCACCACCUCCACUGCCCCCGCCAGCCCCUCCAGCGCCCUUUCCCCCCUUGCCCUUGCCGGUGCGGCGUCUCCCGCUCGGGGCAGACGCAGCGCCGACCGACUCGAAACCAACGAGGGCGCCUCGGCUGCUGGGCGGCUCGGCGGCAGGGCGGCUCGGCUGCUGGGCGGCUCGGCUGCUGGGCGGCUUGGCUACUUGGCGGCUAUGCUGCUGGGCGGCUCGGCUGCUCGGCAGGUGGCGGCGACGGGGCCGCAGGUGGCGGCGACGGGGCCGCAGGUGGCGGCAGGGCCGCAGGUGGCGGCUACGUGGCCGGAAGUGGCGGCGACGUGGCCGCAGGUGGUGGCGACGGGGCCGCUGGUGGCGGCAACGAGACCGCAGGUGGCGGCGACGGGGCCGCAGGUGGCGGCGGGGCCGCAUGUGGCGGCGGCUUGGCCGCAGUUGGCGGCGACGGGGCCGCAGGUGGUGGCGACGGGGCCGCAAGGGGUCUAG